AUGUCUCCUGAAGAAUAUAGAGCAAGAAAAGUUGCUCUUAUCACAGGUGUCACUGGUCAGGACGGUUCUUACUUGACUGAAAUCUUGUUGGAAAAGGGGUACGAAGUGCAUGGUAUCAUUCGUAGAUCUUCUUCCUUCAAUACAGGCCGUAUUGAACAUAUAUACAGAGACAGACACGAAACAGGUGUCAAAUUUUUCCUUCACUAUGGUGACUUGACUGACUCCACAUGCUUGGUUCAUAUUAUAUCUAAAGUAUUGCCAACUGAAGUUUACAAUCUUGCAGCUCAAUCUCAUGUCAAGGUCUCUUUUGACAUGUCAGAAUAUACCGGUGACGUCGACGCUCUUGGCACACUUCGUUUACUUGAUGCUAUCCGUACCUGUGGUUUAACCGAUCGUGUUCGCUUUUAUCAAGCUUCUACCUCUGAACUCUAUGGUAAAGUAGUUGAAACACCCCAAAAGGAAACAACACCCUUCUAUCCCCGUUCCCCUUAUGGUGUAGCCAAACUUUAUGGCUAUUGGAUUACGGUCAACUACCGUGAAUCAUACAACAUGUUUGCCUGUAAUGGUAUUCUCUUCAACCAUGAAUCACCUCGUCGUGGUCGUACUUUCGUUACCCGAAAGAUUACUCGUGCUGUUGCGGACAUCCACUUGGGACGUCAAGAGUGCCUUUAUCUCGGUAAUAUUGAUGCUAAGCGUGAUUGGGGACAUGCUCGUGAUUAUGUCGAAGGUAUGUGGCUCAUGCUGCAGCAAGAUCAGCCUCAAGAUUUCGUCUUGGCUACUGGUGAAACACACACAGUCAGAAGCUUUGUCGAAAAGGCUUUCAAGGUGACUGGACGUACUAUUGUUUGGGAAGGUGAAGGUGUGAACGAAGUUGGUAAAGAUGCUGAAACAGGCAAGGUCCGUGUGCGCAUUGACCCCAAGUACUUCCGUCCUGCUGAAGUUGAUCUCUUAUUGGGUGAUCCUACAAAGGCAAACACAGAACUGGGCUGGAAGCGCAAGGUUACUUUUGACGAAUUGGUUACUGAAAUGGUUGUUGCUGAUAUUGAAGGAAGUCUCAAGUCUUCAACUUUGGUGUAA